AACAAAGAUUAACAGAAUUUGAAUCUAACGGGCCUCAUAUUUAAUGUAUUAAAGCUAACCAAAACAUCUCGUGAAGCUUAUAAGCAAGCAGCUCUCUCAGCUCCUCCAAGAAACCAGAGCCUAGCUAGCUCUCUGUGUCUGAUCCCCAACAAAGGAUCCUCGUGAUGGAGAGCUCUUAUGUUUCACGAGUUUCAUAUUUCACACUCAGAAACCCAGAUUUGAAUCUUCUCCGAUUCCUUCAAAUACCUCACAAUUCUUCCACAACAUCAUGCAUCAAACUCCAAGCAUCUUUGUCUUAAUCUUUUACCAUGGAAGCCAAAAUCCAGCUCUGCUUUUCUGCCCUUCUACUCUGUCUUGUUUGCCUCAAUGCCAGCACUCUCCAAACCUACAUAGUUCAGCUCCACCCACAUGGUAUAAGCAGCUCUUUGCUCACCUCCAACCUUUCAUGGCAUCUCUCAUUUCUUGAACAAACCAUUUCUUCCGAAGAAGACGCUUCUCGCCGCCUUCUCUACUCUUACCAUUCUGCCAUGGAAGGUUUUGCAGCUCAGCUGUCUGAGUCCGAGGUGGAGUCCUUGAAAAAGUUGCCUGAUGUCAUUGCAGUAAGACCUGACCGGCGGCUCCAGAUUCACACUACAUAUUCUUACAAAUUCUUAGGACUCAACCCCUCAAGAGGAAGUACUUGGUAUAACUCCGGAUUCGGUCGAGGAUCAAUAAUAGGGGUGCUCGAUACCGGAGUUUGGCCUGAAAGUCCGAGCUUCGACGAUCAUGGAAUGCCUCCAGUUCCCAAAAAAUGGAGAGGCAUUUGCCAAGAAGGGCAGAGCUUCAGUUCCUCAAAUUGUAACCGGAAACUCAUCGGUGCGAGGUUCUAUACUAAGGGUCACCUAGUGGCUUCCAUGUCGCCAUCACCAAAUAUUGUUCAAGAUUAUGUGUCUCCAAGGGAUGCCCACGGCCAUGGAACGCACACAUCCUCAACAGCUGGGGGAGCUGCAGUUGCAAUGGCCAGUGUUUUCGGCAAUGGAGCUGGUGUGGCUCGAGGGAUGGCUCCCGGUGCCCACAUUGCCAUGUAUAAGGUUUGCUGGUACAAUGGCUGCUAUAGUUCUGAUAUCCUGGCUGCAAUGGAUGCUGCUAUUAGAGAUGGAGUUGACAUUCUCUCCCUCUCUCUAGGCGGCUUCCCACUGCCAAUUUAUGAGGAUAGCAUUGCAAUUGGCAGUUUUCGAGCAAUGGAGCAUGGAAUUUCAGUCAUUUGUGCAGCAGGAAACAAUGGACCAAUUGAAAGCUCAGUUUCUAAUGAAGCUCCUUGGAUUGCAACCAUUGGUGCAAGCACACUUGACAGGAGAUUUCCAGGUAUAGUUCGAAUGGGUAAUGGAGAAGCCCUCUAUGGAGAAUCCAUGUACCCUGGGAACCGGUUUAUGACCACUGGAAGAGAGCUGGAGCUGGUUUAUCUGACAGGUGGAGACAAGGGAAGUGAGUUUUGCUUCCAAGGGUCUCUACCAAGAGAAAAAGUUCGAGGCAAAAUGGUGAUAUGUGACCGAGGUGUCAAUGGACGUGCUGAAAAAGGUCAAGUUGUGAAGGAAGCUGGUGGUGCUGCAAUGAUAUUGACAAAUACAGCCAUCAAUCUGGAGGAGGAUUCAGUUGAUGUCCAUGUUUUGCCUGCAACACAGGUCGGUUUUGACGAAUCUGUUCGCUUAAAGGCUUACAUAAACUCUACAAGAAAGCCUACAGCUCGAAUCGAAUUCGGGGGAACUGUGAUAGGGAAGUCCAGGGCUCCAGCAGUAGCUCAGUUUUCAGGAAGAGGACCAAGUUUUACAAACCCUUCAAUCCUCAAACCAGACGUGAUUGCUCCUGGUGUCAACAUAAUUGCUGCUUGGCCUCAAAACCUAGGCCCUACUGCCCUUCCAGAAGAUCCUAGAAGAGUAAAUUUCACUGUCAUGUCCGGGACUUCCAUGGCUUGUCCCCAUGUCAGUGGCAUUGCUGCUCUUAUCCACUCAGCUCACCCCAAAUGGACCCCUGCAGCUAUUAAAUCUGCAAUUAUGACAACUGCUGAUAUAACUGACCAUUCAGGGAAACCUAUAAUGGAUGGUGACAAGCCAGCAGGAGUUUUUGCCACUGGAGCUGGGCAUGUGAAUCCUGGAAAGGCCAUUGAUCCUGGGUUGAUAUAUGACAUCAGGCCAGAUGAGUAUAUCACUCAUCUAUGCACACUUGGGUACACAAAAUCAGAAAUUUUCUCUAUUACUCACAUGAAUGUGAGCUGCCAUGAACUUUUGCAGAUGAACAGAGGUUUUAGCCUUAAUUACCCCUCCAUUUCGGUAACCUUCAAGCGGGGACUGACAAGGAAGGUGAUCAAAAGGCGACUAACGAAUGUGGGGACUCCUAAUUCCAUUUAUUCAGUGGAAGUGAGGGCACCAGAGGGAGUCAAAGUGAUAGUUAAACCUCGAAAGCUAGUUUUUGAACACAUAAAUCAAAGUUUGAGCUAUAGCGUAUGGUUUAUAUCAAGCAAGAGAGCAGGAACACAGGGUGAGUUUGCACAGGGGGAUUUGACUUGGGUGCAGUCCAGCAAUAGUUUUUACAGGGUUAGAAGCCCCAUUUCAGUAACUUGGAAGGCUAAGCAGUAGGGCUAAUAACAGUAGUAGCAUGACUAUAAGUCUGCUCAUUUAGGAAAAAUAACCUAUUGUUAUUACUCGAGGAUUUAUGUUCAUGAAGAUUUGAUGCAAGAGUUU